AUGUUGAGAAUAAUAUUAACUUUAUUUUUAGAAGUAUCAUUAUCUUAUCAAUAAGAAUAAAAACGAUAUUGUCACAAUGAUGAAAAUUUCUAUUUAGGAUAAUAAUUCAUCCCUUUUUCCUUUGAAAAUGGAACUAAAUUUGAAAACAAAUUAGAAUAAGAUCAAGAGAUUUUAUAAUUAAUUGCGAAGGUAUCAAUCUCUAAUUUAAAUGAUAAAAGAGAAUUAGUCUUAAAAUAGUUUUAAUAAAACUAAUUAGAGUUAAUCUUUAGGGAUGAAGAUCAUUAUCUAUGUAAAUAAAUUGCUUUUGUGUUUAAUUUACAAAACAACAGGUUGACACACUAUGAAGAAAUAAUAAUAGGCUAAAUAACAUUCUAGUUACCUCUUUGCACUAAAUUUAUAAGAAUGUAUGAAAUUAAUCAAUAAAUAUUUAUUUUUUGUGAAGAGGAACUCUAUAUUUAGCUCUUCGUUUUAGAAAGAGAUAAAGAGAAUAAUAGUUAACAUCUCUCAAUAACAUCAACUUCUAUAAUGAAUAAAAAAUAAAAUUGCGAUUACUAGUUAUAAUACCAAUCCAAUAUUUAUUUAGCUAUUAUAAAUUGCUAGGAUUGGAUUAUUUAUGUAGUACAAAAUAAUAAUUUUGAAAUAUUUAUUUAAUCCGAUAAUUUACAUAACAAAACUCUAAAGUCAUUUUCAGUUCAGGAAGAAAUUUUACUUUAAUUUGAGUUUGAUAUUUAUAAAAUUCAUGGGUAAAGUAAAAGAUGGCUUUAUACGAGCUAGUCACAAUAAAUCUAAUCGUUUUUUAGUCAAAAUAAAUAAUAUGUAAUUUUUUUCGAAGGAGAAAAUAAAAUAGAGUUAAAGCAAGGUAAUUUUGAUUAUAUUUUAUUAAUUACGAAUGAAUAAAUUCCUAAACAAGUCUUACAUUUAGGUGAUAAAAUAAUUAUCAAUUAUGGUGCUUAUUUAUAAGUGCUAGAGAGAAUUGAUGCCUCAUAUAUUCUACAUCUUUCUAUAGAUAAUUUAAUCAAUGAUCUAUUAAAUUAUCCAUUUUUUUAUGCUUUUGAUAAAAAUGAAAUAAUUUUAUUAAAAAAAGGCAUUCCAAAUCCAACUCUUUCAUGCAAAGAAAUGAUAAAAUCUGAUUCAAUUUUCUUCAUAAUUAACGAUUUAUUUUCACCAAGCAAAGUUUUUAAAUUUUAAAUCACAAAUGAGAAUAAAUUUAUUUAGAAUCUAUAGAUUAAUACUUAUUUGAGAAAUUCCACUUUUUCAUUCCAGUUAUACAAACCUUUGAUUGCUAAAAGAUAUUUUACUUCUAAAAUUUAUACUUUUGAUGAAACUAAACUUAAUUGUCAACAAUAACAAAUAGAGGAAUAAUUCAAUUGUAAGGAUAUUUUUAUUAGCAAUAUAAAUUGGUACAAAAUAAAGUAUUAUAAGGAAUUAUAUAUUCUAGUUUAGGAUUUUAAUUAGAAAUUAUAUAUAAAAAAUUGUAAUUAAAAUCUAUUAAUGGAACUAGGAAGAUUUGAAAAUUUUGAAAUAAAUAAUGUAUAUGAAAUUAGAAAUCAGUUCUUUAUCAUUUUUUCUAAUUAAUCUAAGAUAUUAGUGAUUAAUUGUUAAUUUAAUUCUUUCAAUUUAACAAUAAUAGAAUCUAAAAUACAAAUUACAAAUAUUAUUUAGGAGAAUCUAGAAGUAUAUCUAAUUUCAAACACUUGUGUUAAGUACGUCCUAAUAAACAAACAACUGUCUUUGUAUUAAUUUAAUUAGUAUGUACCAUUAGAUGGAACAUGCAUCAAAACUUAAUUCUUCAAUGACUUUUUAGGUUAUGUUCACAAUGGAGUAUUUAUUUUGAGGAAGAAUUAUAUUACUAACAUAAUAAAGUUUGAAAAUGUUUCUAUAGUUAAUAUCAUCAAGAUAAGUACACUUUAAUAUCCUUUUAUAAUUCAUUUUAAAAAUUAGGAUGGUGAAUAUUUCAGUAAAUACAUUUUCAUACAUAGUCAAUUUAUAAAGCUCUAUGAUAUUCCAAAGCUAAAUUACUAAUAUUCAUCUCCUUUGAUUUAUAAAAUCUAUAAAUUCUUUAUAAUUGUGGCUGCAUAUCAUAAUUUAGGUAACCAUGUACUUUUAGUUUAUUAUAUUGAUACGGAUUAUUUAAAUAUAUUGAUUGAUGUUAUUUAAGUUGAUAAUUUUAAUUUCUAUAUGUCUGAAGAGGAUAUACUGAUUUAUAAUUUUGAGAAAUAAAUUAAAAUGAUAGAUAUAAAAUUUGAUCAAUUUAUUUGUGAGUAAAGUUUAUUUCCUGAAUUUACUAAGAAAAUAGAAUUUUCUUUAAAUUUAACUUCUAGCUUCAAUGAAUCUAAAUAUUAAAUAUCAACAGCAUAUUUAAACCUUUAUAAUUUAAAUAAGAAUUUAUCACCUAAAAGAUCUAAAGCACAUUCACUUUAAUUGGAGAUGAAAGAGUCAGAAUUCCCUUUGGAUCCUAAUUUGUAUAUAGUUGGACCUAUUGAUAAAAUUGUUUCCUUUGAUACUGAUUUAAUAAUAAUUGAUCCAAUUUAAAAAUUAGAUCAACUUUCGGCUUAAUAAUGUCAAGAACUCAGAAAUUAAAUCUGUAUUAAUUCAAAUCGCAAGCAAUUAAUCUUAAAUCCAUUCUCAACUUAAUAAAUAUUGACUCUAGCAUUAGAAAAUAAUUAUGAAAUAAAGCAUGUCAUAAAAUUUUAAGAUCUUAUUUUCAUUUUAUAAAAAUACUAGGUGUUACAAUUUAAUAUUUUAGUUUAUAAUACUCGAGAUAAUACUUAUUUUAAUUUUUAGAUCCCUGGGCAAUGUCUUGAAUUUAUAAAUAUGUAAAUUCAUCUAAAUUUGUACAUUAUUCUAUGCCCCUUCCAUAUUUUUUUUUAUAAAAUACAUGAAGAUUCUUUGGAACCAUUUUCAUCUCUUAAAACAGAAUGUAAUAAUUGUAUUAUAAUGGAAAUCACCAAUUCAGAAUAAGCAUUUUUAUAUUUAGAAAACAGAAAUGUGGUAGAUUCAAUUUCUCUUAUAACAUUUUAUGAUGACAUUUAUCAUGAUUAUUUGAAUAGAACUAAAGAACAGAUAUAUAAAUUUGUUACAGAAGAAUACUCAACAUAUACAAUUUAAAAUAUGACUUUAGUUAAUGAUAGUUAUUAUGAGCUUCUAGUCAUGAAAUAGGAUAUAUAAGGAUUUUUGUAAUAUUAUAUAGCCGUUUUGGAUGAUAUAGAUGGCAUAGUCAAAUUAAAGAACGAAUACGUUCUUAUUAGACAUUUCCAGCUCUGA